CAGAAAUUUGAAAAAUCCUCGCUGGAAUCCUCUGUUCCUCGCCGGAAAACCGCGACAAAACCACACUUUUCGAUUUUUUCGGCCAUUUUUUGUCAUUUUUCCACCAAACCAACAACAAACCCACCCUUCCUACACCAAAAGCGGCCUAUCCCUCCAUUUUGAGGAGAUUUGGCCGACGUUUUUGUCGCCGGAGGCGAUUUCCGGCGAGGCUCCGACGAGCACUUCCGGUCACUUUUUUGGUGUUUCGUCUCAUCCAUCGCCUUCCCCUCAUCAUCCCCUACACCUCUACUUGAGUCUCCAGGUUUGAUUUUGCCUUUAACUAUGUUAAUUGUGGAGAAUUGGGUGUUAGGGUGCAUGUUUAGAGAACCUCAUUGAAUCUUGUGAUUUUUGUGCAAUUGAUUGAGGGGAAUGCAUGGAGUGUGUUUGAAUUGUGUUGGGCAAAGUCCCUCUUGAUUGUUUGAGCCCUUGUGUGCAAAAAUUGUGCCAAUUUCAUGCUUACCUUAAUAGUGCACACAAGGUGUUCGAUGAAAUGCCUGUUUUUCAUGCUAUGUUGUGGGCACCGGUUUUUAUUGAUGUGCUUUGAGGGUGUGUUUGCUAUGGAUGUGAACCUUAAGUUGCCUAAUUUAUCGUGAAUGUGCACCCCCACUCAGAUUAUGCUUGAUUUAUCGAGUUUUUGACCCCCGAACUAUGGAUUAAACCAUGGCUCGGCUGUUUUCAGUUCUUAAGUGUGGGGGUGUAAUUGGCCCUUUCUUUGGCUCUUUUGGUUCCACUUUGGGUUGUUCUUUUGCAGGACAAUGUCGAAACCUGACCUCAAGCACCCGUUCAUCCGGGAUUUGAAGAGGGGGCCCGCCCAGGAUUGCUUCAAGCAGGUCCUGAAGUGCCCGUUUGGGCAGCACCAUUGCUGGUCCAAACGGGAGUUUCGGACAUUGCACUGCUACGAGCAACUCUCCGCCGCCGUCACCAACCACCCAUGGCGCCGUCUGCUCUCCAUCUGCAAGAAGGUUUACUAUGAGCCCGUGCUUGAGUUCUACACGACCUUCAAGCACACACCCACAGACGAUUGGAGAGACGGUGCAGCCGUCAAAUUCAGGCUAGGCGGUGCCCCACGGUCCAUGAGCUACCACGAGCUGGCCGAGGCUCUCGACCUCGACGGUGGUGCGGACUACGUCAUCGAGGUCAACGACCCAUCAGAGGUGGACUUCAGGAGGCUGUACACCCGCCUGGCUAGGCCAGGCCAGACACGUCCCUUAUCGGCCGGGAGGACGAAGGCCACUACACUGCAGCUCAACAACCGCCUUCUCCACCACCUGCUGGCGAAGUCUUAUACUCCAGCUUCAGACAGUGCCAGCGCCAUCACUAAGAGGGCCCUGUACGUCAUCCAGUCGAUCCGCCAGGACGACCAUCCCCUCCACUUGGGUUCGGUGGUGGCCAGGACCUUCGAGAAGACUGCUUCGGAACUGAAGAGUCUCCACUGCACCCCCCUCAUCACCCGCCUGGCCACCUACUUCGGCCUUUCCCUGCAGGGGUGCACACAGCAGGGGGACACCAUCGUUUUUGGCAGGUCGACGAUCAAGCACAUGCACCUGCUGCGAGAGAACCGCGACAUUCUAUGGAUCGAGGGGUUUCCGGAACCUCAGAUCCCCGUGGAGGACAAGCAGGAGGACCAGCCAGAGGUCCAUCCAGAGGGCCAGGAGGAUGAGGCUGCUGAUCAUAUGGAGCCCGAGGAUGUGGAUGAUGCUGUUGAUCCACCACAGACUCACUUCCAUUACGGAGGUGGCAACUCCGCUUUCCCGGGGCAGGAUUACUUCACCUCCCAGUUCGAGCAGCUGCGUCUCCAGAACCAGCAGAUCCUCGACCAUCAGAUGCAGUUCCAGCAGCAGUACGCGGCUCACCAGGCCGGGUACCACCAGAGGAUGGCUGUUUACGAUGAGAGAUUGGACCAGAUCCAGACCCAGCAGGGAGUGACUCUCGCACACAUCGAGCGAGAGAGGCGCCGUUCACGGCGCAUGCAGGAGGUCCAGCAGCAUUUACUCCAGUUGCUACCGGGCAAGCAGCCCGUUUGGAGGACUCCCUGGGAGGACUCUCCACUUCCACCUCCCCCAGCGGAUGGUGAUGAUGGUGCUGCUGGUGAUGACGCCUUCAUGGACGACAUCGACUUUGGUGAUCUUGGCGACGAGUAGGCUGUACUCGUUGCCCAUCUCAGUGUCUUUUGUUUUCCGUAUUAGACUUUUGCGUGUUUGCUCCAUGUGUGAGGAGCUUGAACUUAGUGUCGUUUGUUUUUGUUUUUGUUUUUUUCUUUUGUGGAUUGUUUUUGCUGUAGCCGUCUGGGCUAACACUUAUCCCUAACACAACGUGUGCUAGUGUGUUCUUGGUGUUCGAUUCAUGCAGAACUGUCCAUCUUCCCGUUGGUUUCUCGCUGACUGGUCCACUUCCAGUCCCCCAGCAUUUUCAAUCCGGUAACAUCGUUCCCCUUAUCUCUCCCUCUACUCCAUUGAGGGCAAUGUCGUGCUUAAGUGUGGGGGGGUGCUUUGUAUCGGUUGGAAUAUAUAUUUGGGUGCUUGGAGCCUAGUCCGCAGUCCGAAUCUUAUGAUUUGAGGGCUCCAAGUACUGCUGUUUGAUCAUAUUGGCACUGUGUUUUGAUUGGUGAAUUGAAUGGUUUUCGGAUUGAUGCAUGACAGCUUGAUUGUGACUAGGACAACCUAUGAUGAGGACUGAGACGUGCAGUAGAAUUGUGUAGGGGUUCCGUUUUUCAACUGUGACUUGGAUUGAUUACUUGUUCUUGACAGUCUCUUAUGCAUAUAGUUCAGGGUAUCAGAAUGUGAGAUAGAGCAUAUAGGUAGCCAUGUGAGAUUUGAGCCUGCUCGUUUCUUUCUUGUGCGAUAGAUCCCUCUUCCAUGAUGUGUAGCAUUCACGUUGUCACUAGCUAAGAUGAUGGGGGCAUAGGAUUAGCCCACGACCAAAUUUGACUGUCCUGAUGUGUCAUAUCCCCUAGUCAGCCCUUUUGAGCCGUGUGUUAUCCUUUCUUUUGGUCUGAAAUGAAAAAAAAAUCACCCUUUGCAUCUUUUAGAAGGUUCCACAGAGUGGUUUUUUACAUAUUCUCUGCUGCUUUUGCUAAAUUUGAUGUGACUGUUGGAGGUAGUGCUUAAAAGUUGGGCUGGGCAUUAGGGAUGACAAUGGGUCGGGUCGGGGACGGAUAGUGCAUAUCCGUUACCCUACCCGAAGUAGUUCGGGUUUUACCCAUACCCAUACCCACAUGCGAAACGGGUACAAAAAUAAAACCAUGCCCAUGCCCGUUCGGGUUUCGGGUAUCCACGGUUAUUCAUGGAUAAUAAUUUCUCUUUAUAACUCCAACCAAUAUGUUAACAUUCACACGUAUUCUCACAUUACGUAAGAGGAAAAGUACGACAAUAGUUCACUAGAAUGAAGAAAAUUAACUAAAACAACACAAUUUCAUGAAAAUAUUAUAUUUAUAUGCUAAAUAUAAAAUAUGUUAGUGAAAAAUAAUAAUUAUUUCUAGAGAAAAUACACAUGCAUGCGUAUAAUCGGGCGGGUUCGGGUUGGAUAGUUAGAAACCCAUAACCACCCAUUACCCGCAAUAUUCGGGUUCGGGUUUUACCCGUACCCACUAAAUGUCCUUCGGGUUCGGGUUUUACCCUACCCGAUUAGGCCUGAUUCGGGUGGAUAUCCAUGGUUACGGAUAUUUUUGCCAUCCCUACUGGGCAUGUGUUUGAAAUAUGUGCAGAAGUGGUGGCUCUCUUAAGAAAUGAAAAGAAAAUGAAAGAAAGAACAAAGAAAAAUUGAAAGCAAAGAGAGCCACUACCAAAAAUCUGAAUAAUGCCCAGUAAGUAGUGUUUUUUAGCAGUCUGGCUUGGAAAUGUUGACAUUUAUACCUCCUUCGCUCUUGUGCUCUUGAGUAAUGCAGAAUAGCAGAAAGGAAAUACCAGUUUGUUUGACUGUGAUUGUGUGGGUUUCGAAAUGUGGAACCUUGUGCUAUGAAUACUUCCACCACCUAAAAGGCUUUUUCCCCAUGUCCAAGACCCUAGCCAGUCAUUUGAACCUGUGUCUAAGACCUCCUGAUUAGUUAGUGGUGACACCCCAUAUGUGAACUCUAGCAUUUAGAGGUUGCCAUCAUGGUGAAGAGAUGUUAGGGAUUGAGAGAAAUAACAUGCGCAUUUUUCG